GAGUCUAGAAUAUGGACGUAUAGAAAGGCCAAAUAAAUAAACAAUUGACAAGGGGGGAAGGAGAAAAAAGGAAAUUCCCUUCCUCUUCCUGAGCAUCGUGCGCUGCGCAGUGUUGGCGACACCAACGGGGAGCGGUGCGCAUUUUUCCUACGAUCUGAAGAGAGGAUCAUCUGAAGCGGCAUUUCUGAGCUGAACGGAAAAGAAUCACCGAGGAGGAAAUUCUCUUAUUUUGAAAGCGUUUUUUCUUGCAGGGAGGAAGACAGCCAACCCCUCAUACGGGAUAUUUGACCGACCUAUGGAGUGUUGAUUUACAGUCAGUCAUUUUUCAAGCAUAUUUUAUAGGAGCCUCGCAUUCACCUGCGUUUUUCAUUGGCCUAUUUUUUUCUUUUUAAUAAAUUGCUGCGGGGUAAUAAAAUAGCUUUUAUUCUCGGUUGGGUAUAACCGAGUGGUUAUAGCUGUCCAAGGUGCUGAAGUAAACGGUCGGAGCCUAACGGUACGAGCCGUGGGGAAUUCACAACCUUGCAAGGUCACAGGCCUAUCCGUCGGGGAAGAGGAACGCACGGGAUCCGCUCACUGAACCACCGGGAAGCAGCCGGGUGAUAUUCAUUCAUUUAUUCAUCGUCCCGAGGUGAAACACAUUCCUGAGGUGGUCGAUUCAACGCAGAGAAAAUGUCGGGGCAAACGCUCACGGAUCGCAUCGCCGCUGCGCAAUACCAGCUAACGGGAUCAGAUAUGGCCCGGGCUGUCUGCAAAGCCACCACUCAUGAAGUGAUGGCGCCCAAGAAAAAGCACCUGGAGUACCUGGUGUCAGCUACCAACACCACCAACGUGAACAUCCCUCAGAUGGCGGACACACUGUUUGAGCGAGCCACCAAUGCCAGCUGGGUGGUGGUCUUCAAGGCCCUCGUCACCAGCCAUCACAUGUGUGUCCACGGCAACGAGAGGUUCAUUCAGUACUUGGCUUCCAGGACCUCCCUGUUCAACCUCAGCAAUUUCAUCGACAAAACUGGCUCUCACGGCUAUGACAUGUCUACAUUCAUCAGACGGUACGGCCGAUACCUGAACGAGAAAGCCUUCGCCUACCGCCAGAUGGCUUUUGAUUUCACCAGAGUCAAGAAGGGUGCUGAGGGCGUGAUGAGGACCAUGACCACUGAGAAGCUGUUGAAAGGCAUGCCUGUUCUGCAGACACAGAUUGACACACUCCUGGAGUUCGAUAUUCAUCCCAAGGAGCUGAACAAUGGGAUCAUAAAUGGUGCAUUCCUGCUUCUCUUCAAGGACCUGGUCAAACUGUUUGCGUCCUACAAUGACGGAGUCAUCAACCUACUAGAGAAAUACUUCAAGAUGAAGAAGAGUGACUGUAAGGAGGCCUUGGAGAUCUACAAGAGGUUUCUGACCAGGGUGACAAAGAUUGGGGAAUUCAUGAAGAUGGCUGAGACAGUGGGAGUUGAGAAAAACGACAUUCCUGACAUCAACUACGCUCCCAGCAGUAUCCUGGAAAGUCUGGAAACACACAUGAACGGCCUGGAGGAUGUGAAGGGUGGAAAGAAGGGUGAAGGGUCUCCAACAAAGGGGUCUCCGACAAACAACGUUUCUCCAACAUCAACUCCAGCCAAAUCUGUUCCCACACUGCAGCCUCCUCCUGGGGAGGUUGCCGCUGCUGCUGCUGCUGCUCCUGCUGAGCCAGCUGAAGACUCCUUGUUGGACCUUGAUCCUCUGUCCUCCUCCGGUCCCACAGGAGCAUCAUCAGCUGCCCCCACAUCUUGGGGAGAUCUUCUUGGAUCAGAAAUGGGCGAUUCCUUGCUAUCUGAACCCACCCUCACGGCAGAGCCCGCCCCCUCCACUACAGCAGCAACGCCCACCCCUGCAGCCGCAGAACCCGGAGUCUCUCUAGCUCCUCCCACUAGCACAGCAGCCGCCACCUCCACUGGCGCCGCAAAUAUGGAUCUUUUGGGAGAUGCCUUUUCUACACCUGCCCCUGCCCCUGAGGCCCCUGCAGCCGCUGCUGAAGGUGGUGCCGCCGCCACGUCCGCCCCCACCGCCGCCAACGCUGGAGCUGCGGAUUUGUUCAGCUCCCCUGCGCCCAUCCUCUCAUCCGCACCCCCACCCAAAAUUGCUACGGGAGCCAUCAUGAACCUAUUUGGUGAAUCCACAGGAGGAGAAGCCACAGCCGCUGCUCCUGCUGCCCCCAGUGCUGAGCUCAUGUCAGUAUUUGAUGGACUAGGCGAUGUAAUGAAGCCCACUCUGACCCCUCAAGGGGGGGAUGUUGACACCUCCAUGGCUAACAUGGCAAGUAAUCUCUCAAUGGGAACCCCAGCGGCAGCUCAGGUAGCUCCCCCCUGUUGGGGUGCCCCCAUGCCCGGGGCACCAGGAGCUACCAUGAUGUCCAUGGCUAGGCCAGGCCCCGGAGCACCGAUGUCUCCCGGAGCGGCCCAGAGCCCCAGAAAGCCUGCACCCCCGAGGAACGCUCUGGAUGACCUCAACAUUAAGGACUUCAUGUAGACCGACUGACCUGUAAACCCUCAAGGGUUGUCAUUGUGUCUGGAGCUCUGUGGAUGUGGAUGUCUGCACUCCCCCCACUGCCUUCCCCUCCGUCAUGCCCCAGCCCCUUCAGCCAACCAGCCAUUCCAUCUACGAUCUUUGCCCUCUGACCUCCUACCAGCCGCGACCCCUAUAAAAAAAAACCCUGCCCUUCUUAUCUCAUGUCGUAGCACAACUGUGAAUGUGAACCCUAGAUACAGACAAACAAAACUCUGUUUAUGUGUGUGUGGGUGUGUGUGUAAUUUAGUGUUAACCUUUACUUAAUAUACUAUGGAAAAAUGAACAAAAAAAUAAUAAAUGUGUAUUUAGAUUCAUUGUGGAUUUCCAGAUCAGCUGACUUGGAAGGGUGGAUAAAUGUUGGUUUCUUUGCGCAUCUCCCAGACGAGGACUGUGUUGUUAAAUGUGGACUGUGUUCGGUGUGUGUAACUUCACUGGCCAAUCCCCACUCCCACUCCUCUACCCCUGUCGUCCAAACUAAUACUGAGCUAUGUUUAUGUCAUUAAAAACUUGGUUGUACCUAUAUCUGCUUGGCCAUCCAUCCGCCCACCUGUCUACUUUUUUGGAGAACAAUUGUACCUGAAAACAACUGGCACUGCAAAUCUGGAUUUAUCAUCGAACACAUGGAAUUGUGUUCAGUUUCAUUUUUUUUCUUAAGGGAUUGUCAUUAACAUGCAACAAUGUGUGAACUCUGUUGAAAUUGACAUAUGCAUUUGAGAAUAUUUUAAAUGACAGAUUACACAUAUUUUCUUUAAUCUUUAUUUUGAGAGAACAAAAUGUAUCAUAUAUUUUUAGUUAUGUCAAAUUAUAAGUUUGAAAAUAAUGCAAGUAGACAAACAUUUCCCCACCUUUGUAUAUACCUCUCAAUCUGUAAUCAGAGGCAGUAUCAGUGGAAACUUUGGCUCGAGUGUUUACUGUUGCGCCCUCAGCUGGUGUGGAAUGGUACUGCAUCCUGAUUCUCAGAAAACAAUUUUGCUUGUCUGUCUCCUAAAAGAUGACUUAAAGUUAAGGUGGAACUCAAAGGGAAAAGUAAACAUUUGUGUAUGUGAUUGGGAUGUGGCCUCGGUCCUCUUUGAGUGAGGCAGCAGCGGUCGGUACAUUUGAUGGUGUACAGGCACUGGAAGUCUCGACGACUCUCACUGUAAAGCACUCAAGUAUUUGCUUGAUGUUCUGUGUGUUGUUUAUUUCCAAAAGUGACUGUAUCUUAAUCCAUUGUGGCAUUAACAAAGUGUUGACAGAAAAACAAAGAUGACUAUGACACGUAAAAAAAUACAAAAAGAAUGUGGAUAAAUAAUGUUUGCUAAGUAUUCAAAUGAAGGCUGUGUUGUUUAUUGGGGGGGUUAUUAUGGAUGGCAUCGUUCUUUUUCCCUCACCCCCACCUGCAUGUGAGUCCAAAUGAGAUGCAAUAAAAGACAAAUACACUGAUCCAAA